AUGGAGCCACAUGCAGCUGCUCAACCUGUCAACUUCAACAACGAUGGUGGGCGGUUCGCCAUCCAGACGGGAGUAUACCAAAAUCUUGGUCAAACCAUCGUGAAUCAAGCCUCGGGUGUCGAACUUGAGCGAUUACCGCACGCUACCGAGGCGCCGUUCAAUGCGUACGUUAGGCAGCACGAGCCUUUCUGCCUUCCCGGCACACGAACCGCCUUGUUGGAGCAGAUAUACAGUUGGGCCGAUGCACAAGAUGAGCGAUGUAUAUACUGGUUGAACGGCCUAGCUGGCACCGGGAAGUCGACGAUCGCGCGGACUGUAGCUCGUAGGCUCGACAAUCGAAGUAGUCUAGGGGCCAGUUUCUUCUUCGCCAGAGGCGGCGGCGACGUUGGACAUGCAGGGAGAUUUGCAACUAGCAUCGCUUUUCAGCUUGCAAGCAACGUUCCAGCAACGCGCCAGCACAUACUUGAUGUGGCUAAGGAGUUUCCCCACAUUUCGAACCUUUCGUUGCGCGACCAGUGGCGCCACCUCGUCCUCAAACCUCUAUCCGCAUCAGCCGUUAACAUCGACACUACCUCCAUUGUCUUGAUAAUUGAUGCCCUGGACGAGUGCGACGGGGAUGACGAUGUCGGCAAGAUCAUCGAGCUGUUGGCUGAAGCCCGGGACCUGAACAGACUACGACUUCGGAUAUUUCUAACAAGCAGACCUGGAGUACCGAUCCGGCAUGGCUUUGGCCGUAUGUCAAACGCACUGCUUCGGCGCUACGUCCUACAUCACAUAUCGCCUGACAUAGUUGAUGCUGACAUAGAGCUCUUCCUGACACAACAUCUCAUGGUCAUUGGCCAGCAACAAUACCUACCUGCAGACUGGCCCGGCCCUGGAAUGAUCGCAAAGAUGACAAAGAGGGCCAGUGGUCUCUUCAUCUGGGCGGCAACAGCGUGUAAAUUCAUCGGACAAGGAAGGCGAUUUGCGGAGCGAAGACUAGAGUCAAUCAUGAGAUAUGAUAGCGGCGGUCCAGUCGGGCCUGAAACACAUCUCGACAGCAUUUAUCUUACCGUCCUGCGCGACUCGGUCUCGCCCGAUUAUACGACCGAAGAGAAAGAAGAACAUUACAAGACGCUGAGACUUGUGCUUGGGACCCUGGCGGUACUAGAGAGACCCCUUAGCAUGCGAGCGCUGGGUGGACUAUUGGAUAUUGGGAAAGAGUAUGGAGGCAUCGAAUCAAUCGUCCAAGACUUGCACGCAAUACUCGAUAUACCUGAACAUAAGAAUCGAACACCCCGCCUUCACCACCCUUCGUUACGUGACUUUCUGCUCGACCAUAGCCGAUGCACGGACGCCGAAUUUUUUAUAGACGAAGCACACGCGCAUGGUGCUCUUGCGUCUCGAUGUAUUGAGCUGAUGACUCGAUUUUUCCAACAAUAUCGAGAGUUAUCACCCACCUAUGGUACUGCGAUGACGCAGAGCGACGACGAGCCACCCAUGACUCCCGCAAUACAUCACUACGACAUAAGCAAAGUCACCGCUGAUAAAAUGAGAGAGAUCGCAAUUCUUGAAUUCUAUCAAAAUACACAUGCAAAGAGCAUGUCGAUCAACCCAUCUGAACACCAAAAGAAUUAUCAAGAGUUAUAUGGAAAGCUCGACUCAUUCGACGACCCUCCAGAGCCUGCGCUUAUUCCUAUGGAGCUGGUAUACGCAUGUCGUCACUGGCUUCACCACGUUGUACAAACCGGGACUGAAGACAUCGUCCGAACACAAGCUGGCACUUUCACCAAGGAGUACAUUGAUGAGCAGGUCAUUUUCCGUUUAUAA